AUGGUUGGUCAAAACGCAAUCUUGCACCAUUACUUGGCCACCCUAGUUAUACGAUACCUCUUCUCUAUUUUCAUUGGUUCUCCAAUGCCUGUUCCUGCUACCUACGCUUGGGCGACAGAUCCCAAACGUUUGGGAUUUUGCCAUCGCUGA